GCUGAUCCAACUUCCCUACUCACUGAGACAACACAAAUUCUGAAACGCUGGGCUGAGCAACAUCAAAGCGUACUCAACUAUUCCUCUAUCAUCUCCCAUGCCGCCAUCCGCUGCCUUAUCCAGGUGAAAAUAAACGCUGACCUCGAACUCCCACCCAUCCCUGAGGAAACCAUCAACGCUGUGCAGCAACUUUCCAAUGGGAAAGCAUCCGGAUGUGAUGCCACCCCUGCGGAGAUAUACAAAUACGGCGACCAGCAACAUACGUUCCACCUAACUACGCUCUUGCAGGGGAUGUGCCGACAGGACUUCAAGGACGCCACAAGUGUCCACCACUAUAAACGAAAGGGGAACCGCCGACUCUGUGACAAACAGCGCAGAAUUUCACUGCUCAAUCUUGCCUGCAUAAUCUUUGCUCAUGUUUUUCUUAACCGCGUCAACAACCACCUGAAACAAGGAUUCAUACCAAAAAACCAGUGUGCUUCCCAUCGUCAUCGCAGCACCACUGACAUUAUUUUCGUCGCACGACAGCUGCAGGAGAAAUGCCAAGACAUGCGCUCUAAGCUUUACAAUGCCACUGUAGAUCUAACGAAAGCAUCCGGCACAGGAAAUCGCGUUGGACAGUGGAAACUCAUGCAUGAAUUCGGCUAUCCUGAGCACUUCACCCACAUGGUACGUCAGCUCCACGCCGAGAUGGUGGCGUGCAUCACGGACAACGGGAUCAUUCCCGAAGCCUUUGCUGUGACCAAUGAAGUGAAGUGGGGCUGUGGCCUCGCGCCGUCUCUCUUCAGCCUCAUGUUCUCUGCCAUGCUGAUGAAUGCCUACUGUGAAGAGCACCCGGGACGGUCACCGUCUCAACAUCCGACGCAUACAGGCACUUACGACCACAGUCACGCCGAAUUCGGUCUCACCACGAACACGGAUAAAACGGUGCUCAUGCAUCAACCGCCCCCGGGUGUUGACUACAAUGCUCCACGUGUGAACUUCAACGGUGCCGAGCUCAAAAACAAUCGUCAUGGUCUCCAGCUGUCCAUGAAAGUGAAGACGAUCAAACCCGUCAUCCUCAUGACACUCUUAUACGGAGCGGAGAAUUGGACCAUCUACGCCAGCCAAGCUCGGAACCUGAACAGAUUCCAUCUCCGUUGUCUCUGCCAAAUACUGAAUUUGCGAUGGCAGGACAAGAUACAGGACGCAGAAGUCCUGGAUUCCUCCGGUUUUCAUUACUUCUUUGACGACCACCUUCACCACGAAAACUCAACUACCCGAUGCCCCGCUGCCCUCACCCGCCAACACCAUGCUCUCUCCUGCGAUCCCCUCACUGUCCCCAGCACCAACCACCACGGACAUCACACCCCUUCCAACGCAUCACCGUCUGCCGCCACCCUCAUCACCACCAGCACUGGGGGCUGGAGUCUAAUUUGCCAUCACUGCAAUCACACAUUCACCUCAUGCAUCAGCCUGGUCGAUCACUUGCGAAUCCAUCGCACAGAGACUGGGAACUAG